AUGCUCUUCUCCCCCGGCCCCGCCGCCGCCGCUGGCGCCACGGGAACAGCAGCGGCAGGGGCAGCGGUAGCAGCGGCAGCGGUAGCAGCAGCAGCUGCGCCCCUGGAGGAUUGGCUCCGCGCCAGCGAGGAGGGGGGGGCCGAGGGCGGCCGGCGCGGCGCGCCGUUGCAGCUCGCGGGUGCUCUGCCUCAAGAGCAGCAGCAGCAGCAGCAGCAGCAGCAGCAGCAGCAGCAGCAGCAGCAGCAGCAGGAGGAGGAGCAGGAGCAGCAGGAGGGCACCGGCGCGCCACACGUGCGCGUUGCCGUGCCUGCGGCGCUGGAUCUGGAGGCGCUGCUCGCGCUGCGCGCGCUGGCCCAGACCGUGGAGCUGCUGCUUCACGAUGAGGAACAGCACUUUGGCGGGCCCCAGCCACACGCUCAUCUAUUCGACGCCCGAGAGCAGCAGGCGGAGGCCGGCGCCAGCGCCGGCGCCGACACCGCGCCACAGCAGGAUGGGGACGGGCCAGCGGUGCACGACGGGCAGCAGCAGGCGGGGCUGCAGCCGGGAGCUGGGGCGGAGGCGGAGGCGGCAUGGCGCGACGGGCAGGCAGAGGCGCAGCCACAGCCGCAGGGCGCGGCGGGCUGCAAGCGCGCCGGCGCGAUCGGCUGCCGCAUUACCGCGGCCGCGGCGGCGGCUGCGGCGCCAUGGCCCUGCGGCAGCGGGGGCGCGCGGGCUGCCCCAGAGGCGGCUCAGGAGCCCGCUGAUCUGCAGCAGGGACAGCUGGCGGUGGCUGGCGUGCCUGGAAUGGAGGCAUAA